UUGGUGCGGUAUUCGCGAUUUUGGGCGGGUCAGCAGAUGAGUUUCCUCCCAAGUCCGAACAAGUGUUCAGUGUUCUUCGCAAACAAAUAAUACAAAUUCAAAUUAUUAUCAUUAUUUUUAAUAUUUGUGUUCAAUUUUUCUCUGAAAUUUCGACGGGACGCUGUAGCAGUGACGACUAUUUGUUGAUAGGCAUUUUUUUCAUCGAGUGUAGUUAUUAGGUUUUUUUUUUUUUGGCAUUUUGGUCUGCUCAUCGACGAUACGAAAAUGAAUUACGGAAGCAAAACGACGUUCAUCGGCUUUGAUACGGACAAACGCAAAUUGCCAUUGUCCAAGAGGCUUGUGUUGUAUGCCUAUGACAAAGACACUGGAGAAAUAUUUGGUCGCACACCGUCCAGUUGGGCUAAAAUUGGAUUAUAUUAUACAGCGUUUUAUUUAUCACUUGUCGCUAUGUUUGGAGUAGUUUUGUGGUUUUUCUUUCAAACUCUUGAUCCACGUACUCCGACUAGACAACUCGAACAUUCACUAAUUGGAACAAAUCCAGGUUUGGGAUUUAGACCUAUGUCUAAUGAAACUCAUAGCACUUUAAUUCAUAUAAAUAGUAAAUCUGUUCAAGAUUAUUCAAUAUGGACUGAAAGACUCGUUAAAUUUUUAGAUGUGUACAAGAAACCAGGUUUAACACCAGGAAGAGGUCAAAAUAUUGCAACUUGUGAUUAUGAUAAGCCACCUGGUAAAGGAAAAGUCUGUGAUAUUGAUGUAAAAGCAUUUAAUUCUUGCACAGAAGAAAAUCGAUUCAAUUUUCAUCGUCAAGGACCUUGUAUUUUUCUUAAGCUAAAUAAAAUUUAUGGUUGGAAUCCUAUAUUUUAUGAUGAUCCAAAUGACCUACCCCAUGAUAUGCCAAAAAGUUUAAAAGACCACAUCAAAGAAAUAACUAAUCCAGAAAAGUUGAGAACUGUAUGGGUAUCAUGCGAAGGAGAAACUGUGUCUGACAAAGAACUCAUUGGACCAAUGGCAUAUUGGCCCAUUCCUGGAUUUCCUGGUUACUUCUUCCCAUUUGAAAACUCUGAAGGUUACCUAAGCCCUUUGGUUGCAAUUCAUUUCAAAAGUCCAGCAAAAAGCAUUGUAAUCAACAUUCUGUGCAAAGCAUGGGCAAAAAAUAUCGUUCAUAAAAAAAAUGGUGUCAACAAAGGAUCUGUACAUUUUGAAUUGAUGAUGGAUUAAUCUUACAUCUAAAUUUUAUAUCAGUUUUAUAUGAUUUUAUUUUUAAACAAUGUAAUAAGAUUUUUUUUUUUUACUUUAAUUGUAAAUUAGACAUAUCGAUUAUUCUCUAGAACAAUUAUUUGAAAUUAUUGAAUAUUUAUAUAAUUAUAUUUCUAAAUAACAAUUCUAAAAUUAUUACUUCAAUUUUGCCAUUAUUGCGUCAAUGAAGUGGUGUGAAUUAUUUUUAUUUUACAUAUCAAAUUUUGCACUUAUCAAUGCUAUAAAAAGUUCAUUUUAAUUAUACUAAUUCAUUAGUUUUAUUUUAUUAUUUUUAUUAUAUGUUAUUAAACUAUA